GGGGGCGUCUAAAUGAAGAAUGGAGGGACCUGGGAGAGAGCGUGGGGAUCAAGAGCCUGGUUCUAUCCGCCACCCCUUCACUUUCCCAUAGCCCCCCGACUAAGCCUCAGCUGGUGGGUUGGGGUGUGGGAGGAAUAAUGAGAUGUUCUCCUCCCCCCCACAAUCAGAUCUCAUCAACUAAUCAGCUAUCUCUUCUAGCUCCUCUACCUGAUUCUUGCUCCUCUUUCAAACACCACAGCUGAACUUCAGCGGAGAGAGAGCGGGAAGAGGGCCAGUCUAGGCAAAAUUAUAUAUAUUAAUGUUUGUCUCCCCUUCUAGACUGUAAGGUCCUUGUGGACAGGGAAUGUCUACUAUCCACAAUGUCAGUGUGUCAAUGUGCACGCUCCACUCCUCUGCCGCCCACCUCCUCGGUCUCACCUAUCCCGCCGUCGACCCCUGGGCCACGUCCUCCCGCGGAACCAAGAUGGCGACGGACGGUGGGGUGUGGAUUGGCAGCGUGUACCUGUUUGUGCAGUCGACCCGGAAGGAGGUGGUGCUGUCGGCUGUGUAUGCCAGCCCACAGAAGCCAAGUGUGUUCGGAGCUCUCAAGCUAUCCCUUGCAGAGGCCACGGGCAACCAGCCUGGCUUGGAGGUCCUGAAGAUCCACUGUAGUGAACCCCAGCUCAUUGUGCAACUGAAGUUCUGCCAGCAGGAGUGCUGCCGUCGCUUCCUGCGCAGCUACCGGGAGGGGGCGUUGCUCGAGGCCCUGCAAAGUCACCUGCAGCUGGUUCUGGGCUGCAGCCCCGGGCCCCUGCUCCUGGAGCUCAAGGUGGGCUCGGAGCAGCUGGAUGGCUUGAUGCAGGAGGAGGAGCGCUGCCUGGAGCUCAUCUACGGAGAGAAGCCAGAUCGGCUCCGGGAUGAGGAGAUCGCGGACCUGGAGGAUGCGCUCCGGAACCUGACCUGCCGGCAGGAGGGGAAGGAGGCAACCCCCUCUCCGGGCGAUUGGGAGCCCACCCCCACCACAGGUGGGAAGCCCCCAGUGGCCCCGACGACGGAGGACACCUUUGUCUUCCAGGGACAGCACGUCGCCCUCCCAUCGCUCAGGCUCUUGGUCUUCUCAUGCCAGGACCCAGCCCUCGGGAAGGGAUCCCUCAGAGAGGCAUACACAGACUGCAGUUUCCCACCCGGGUGGAGCCUGGGGAUUGCAGUGGCCCGGUCUGAGCCAGGGCCCCGAACCUGACAUGGGAUCAAGUGGGUGCAGCAGGAGUGGCACCGGGCCCGAUGCCACCGUCGGAGCCACCCUUUCUCCACUGAUCUGGCUCUGUCCCCCAGCCCUAGGAGCUGGGCUCAAAUGCCUCUCAUCUGGGUCUCGGCAUCACCACUCCUCUCUCUGAAAAGAGGGGGCCGGGGACGCUCUGGGGCUCAGAUGCCUGAAAGUGAGGCCAGAGAUGGGCCCUGAGCCCUGAGCCCUGCGCCCUGUAACCCCACUCCACAGCCUUGGCCCACCUGGGUCUGGGAAUGAGAUCGUGUCUCCUGACCAGUAUGAUCUGCAGGGGUCGACGACUGACAGCAGAUCCAGCCAGAUCCUUCCACCCUCAUCCCUGCCUCGGAACGGCCUUCCCCCGACUUCUCCCAAAUUCUCCUUCCUCGGACCUGGGGGCCGGGUUCGUGCUCUGUGUGCUGCCGGCUCCGUGGUGGGGAACGGGGGAAGUGCUCUUAGCCCCUUCCCAUUCCUUUUACCAGAGUCAGCCAGACAGGCCCCUCGGUCUCCGGCACCGCCAAAGCCUGCCCACCAGGCGAGCUUGUCUGUGACGCCAUCUCUGGUUUGGAGCUGGGGUGGAGGAUGGUGGGGGGGGGGGAGCUGCUCCCUUUCCCUCUCCUCGCCGUCCCCUCUCCCUCUCCUCGCCACCCCUGCCCCCCUAACCAAACAGAGAGCUCCAUGUCACAUCUGUCUCCUGAGACCAAACGACCGUGCGGGCGGAACCUGUGUUUCGUGCCUGGGACCAGAGGAUAUUUUUCAAGAAAUGAUAUGAGUAAAGUGCCUUUUAGAAAUGAA